UAAUGUAUAAAUUCGUCAUAGGACUUUUAUUAAUGAAUUUUUUGGUGAAUGCUUACAAUCCUACAAUUUAUGAAUUAUCAUUGAGACCUUGGCUCUAUGAAUUAACUUAUAAAUAUGGAAGAAAAAUUUCAAAAUUAAAUGAUAUACCAAUGGAAGAAUUUCAAAAUCUGAAAGACAUUGGAGUUGACUAUGUUUGGCUGAUGGGUGAGUUCUAUUAUUAAUGUAGGAAUUUGGCAACUUGGAUAAUAUGGAUUGGACUUUGAUAGAGCACAUGCAAACGACUAUAAGUCUAACUUACCUGACUUUACUAUUGAUGAUGUCAUUGGUUCACCUUACGCCAUCACCGAAUUUGUCUGUAAUUCAGAACUUGGUACAGACUAAGACAUUAUAAAUUUGAGAUAAAAACUUAAUGAUAUGGGAUUAAAGCUCAUGCUUGAUUUUGUUCCUAAUCAUUCUGCAAUUGAUAGUCCAUAUAGAACAUCAAAUAUUGAUUAUUAUAUUAGAGCUCCUCCUAAUACUCCUACACCCUAUGACUCUGAAUAUUACUUACCUGAUGGAGUUAGCUACGGUGGUGAUCAAUGGGAUGGAUUUUGGAAAGACACUGCUUAAUGGAAUUAUUGGAACCCAGAUACUAGAAACUAUCUUAAAUCUGUAGUGAAGAAGAUAGCUUCUAUGUCAGAUGGUAUGAGAUGUGAUAUGGCAAUGGUCAUAUUGAAUGAUCUUUUUUACAAUAAGUGGAAACCUUAAUUAGAUGCUUGGGGUUAUAAAAGACCAUCAACAGAAUUUUGGUCUGAAGCUAUUAAAGAAACAAAAUAACAAUAUCCAAAUGUUAUAUUUUUGGCUGAAGUUUAUUGGAGCAAGGAAUAGGAUUUAAUAAAUUUAGGAUUUGAUUAUGUUUAUGAAAAAUGGUUAUUGGAUCAAUAAGCUACUUUGGAUGUUGGAAAGGUUAGACCUAUAUUAUCUAAUUUGGAUUUUAAUGUAUAUAUAUAUGUAUUAAAGCAUUAGUAUGCAUCACAUUCAAAUCAUUUUGUUGAAAAUCAUGAUGAACCAAGAGCUAUUAUAAAGUUCGGUGGUAAAGAUUAUAUUUCCUGUGUUGCUGCAUUAAUGAGUUACUCUCUUCCUGGAGCUAGAUUUAUUAAUCAUGGUUAAUUAGAAGGGUUAUCUAAUAAAUUAGAUGUACAUUUAAGAAGAAGUUAUAAAGAAAAUGGUUCAACUUAUGCAAAAUAAUUUUAUGGAAAGAUCUUGGCAAUUUUAAAAAGAGAUACAUUCAAAUCAGGUAAUUGGACAUAAUUAAAUGUUACUGGAGAUUAAUAUUGGAAAUUCUUUGCUUUUAGAGUAAUAAAAUUGAAAUUAUUAUUUUUAGUGGACUAGUUCAUCAGAUAAAAUAGUUGUCAUUAUUAACUUUUCUGAAGGAUCUGGAUAUGGACUUGUCAAAUUAAGUGAUGCUUCAAGUGGAUAAUAAACUAUAACUGAAUUGAUGAGUGGAUAAACUUAUGUAAGAAGUGGAGAUGAUAUGAGGAAUAAUGGAUUGGGUGUCAUUGUUGAUGGAUGGAAUGCAUAAAUUUUUAAGUAUUUCUGAA